UCUUCUGUCUCUCCUUCUGCUUGGAAGCUCUUUUGGUGCAUGACUUUUACCAGCGUACAGCGUAACUCUAUUUACCGUUUGCUAACUGGGAAAGUCCCUACCAAAUCCCUUCUCUUCAACAUGGCUCUUUCCACUGCUCCUAACCCAUUUUGUUCCUUUUGUCAAGAGGUUGAAACUGUCUUCCACUUUUUCUUUCGAUGCCCCCAAAAAUUCAUUUUCUGGGACAUUGUUAUUCGUGAAUUUCUUUGGCCUGGUACCUCUAUCGAUGAUAUCUCCUCAGCUCUUCAAUCCCUAGAUUUCAACAAAAUCAAUGUCAACAAUUCCUGUCCGAUUGAAGUCGAAAUGUUACUUGUCAUUGCUCUCUCAGAACUUUGGAAAGCUCAUUGGACUCAUAUGCAUCGAAGAGAGCCCUUCCUUGCAAGUAUAGCAUUCAGUCAAACCCUCCGGGCAGUUGGCCGCCGCGCUGCUGAAGAGACAAAUUGU